AUGGAUACUCUGCCGAGGAUAUCAUUGUUUGGCCUUCCAUUAAAAAAGCCCAAUAGUCUGCCUGAUUUGGGGCCUAUGCGAAGGGAUAUAGAGCGGCAUUAUCACACAUCUCCCGAUCUUUAUAAAAAAGAGUUGAACGACUUUCUUGCCGCGAGAAAAACGGCGACUGAUCCUUCAAUUGAUUAUGCCGGUCUUUCGAAGGUUAAACGAUACUACGCACAGUUGCAACUUCUAAAGGGAAGAUUUCAGUUUUCCGCUGACGAGGGGACGGCUGUUUUGUGGAGCUGGUGUGAUGCUUUCACCGGAGGUAUCAUUGAGGCGCCGGAUAUUGGCCUAGAGGAAGCUUCCACUCUGUAUAAUGUUGCUGCUUUGCACUCCAUUCUUGGAGUAAAAGAGCGAAGGCCUGAUGCGGAUAGCAUGAAGGUUGCCUGCACACAUUUUCAAUGUGCCGCUUGGGCGUUGGAUGCGAUAAACGAGCGACAUUCCAUGGUUGGAGUCUCGCCGGAUCUGACCACCCAAUUAAUUCGGGCCCUAAGCAUGAUUAUGACAGCCCAGGCUCAAGAGUGCAUUGUAGAGAAAUCUGUACUGGAUGACCGCCCGGCAAAUAUCACAGCAAAGUUGACGCAGUAUCUCGCACAAACCUACGAGAAUGCGUCUGCUGAACUUUCGUUACCUUCUGUCAUUGCCAACCUCCCUGCAAAGUAUCAAAAAGAUUGGCGCCGUCGUUGUCAAGUAAAGGGAGUUUAUUACGGUUCCCUAGCCGCAUAUUAUUCCGGACAGAACGAAGAAAACAAUAAAAUGUAUGGACGAGCAAUUGCGUGGUUUCAGGUUGCGGUUCAACGCAUUGGUGAGGCUGAGAAGCUGGUGAAGGAUGUGAAAGAUUUGGCGGAACAACCGUUCCCUGUUAGCCCCGGUGGUCCUUUGAGAAACAACAUCCAACAUGUCAGUAGCGUCUUUCAGACCAAAUUGACUGCUCUGAUCAAGGACAAUGACUUCAUUUAUCACGAAACUGUUCCAAGCGCGGACUCGCUAGAACAAGUGAAACCUGCUUGCCUCGUCAAGGGUGUCCCGUUUGACCACAAUGAUCCCGAAGUACGUGGUCCGGACAUCUUCCAAAGUCUAGUCCCUAUGAAAACUUUGGAAGCAACUUCCAUUUACAGCGAAAGAAAAGCAUCCUUGCUGCGAAGUAUCACUUCCGAAGUUGACGCUAAGGACGUUGCCUUGCAGGAAUUCAUGACCAGUAUUGAUGUUGAUCCAGAGUCCAUGCUUUUGCCUGACCCACCGCUUCCACAAGAAUUAUAUGAUGUUUGUGCUCGCGUUAGUGCGCUUGAGCAAGGUCCCGAACGAAAGCUGUCCGAGAUGAUGCAAAGUUUGGCGACGGCGAGUAUCGACCUAGAUUCGGAAAUUCAAGAAGUCCGAACCCAAUCGGAUGAUCUCCGAGCCGUGAAACAAACAGAAGAACUUAAAGCACUUUCGGUUCGUGCUCGUGUGAUUUCGGAUCGCUUGCUUGGCCUAAUCGGGGGGCUAAACCAGGCCAAACAGUCAAAUCUGCAGCAACGCGAUAUACUGGGAAUGCAUCUUCCUACCAUCAAGCGAUUGGCUGUACCGGUUGAGCAGCUUGCUAGCUCCCUUCCUUCCGUACAGGCACUGAUUGCCGAUCCGGCAUUAUCUCAGUCCCUAAAUGACGCCCAACGCUUAUUCGGUAAGGUGAAAGAGAUGCGUCAGCAGCGUACGGACUUUGUGGACAAACUACGACAGGCGCUGCAUAGUGACGACGUUACCGGUGAUCUUUUAACCUCCGACAUGGAUCAAUCCACAAUGGACAAACUAUUUGACACACGUUUGAAAAAACACGACCCUCUGAUCGGUCUCAUUCGGCAGAACUUGGCUGCUCAAGAAAAUAUUGAAUCGGCUCUCAUUGAUGUGAACGCAUCCUUCGCCCCCCGAGCGAUAGAACUACAACAGCUGCGUAUGAAGAGAGUUGAAGAAAUACGACAACUCAUCUCCUCGGGACAAACGUUCGAUGACCUUCUCGCUAACUGCUCGCAAGGCUUGCUGUUUUACGAACAGGUUGGCGCGCGUUUAAAAGAAUGUGUGAGUGAGCUGAAGGACAUUGGCGAGAAACUAACGAAUGAGGAACAGAAAUUAACCAGUUUCUCAUCGCCUCCAAUUCCAUCCGCUACACUCUCCGCCGGCCAACCUUACACAAAUCCACCUUUUACUGGCUCCGGAGGGCCACGCCUGGCCACUGGUGGACACAUUCCUACACUUGGUGACUACAUGGCAUCUAUGCGGCCCCACCCCUCGAGCCCCAAGUUCUCUAUGCCUCCAGUACGCACUUGGUCCCCUGCGACAAAUUCCGCCGCUCCUCCUCAAACUUCCCAACCAACCAUGCCUCAGAGUGUUUUGCCACAUACGUACCCUUCAUCGGGUAUAGCAACUCCUGGAGCCGCUCAUCCUGGAGCUUACACCGCAUCUACUUAUUCUGCUACGAAUCUGGCUCAGUUUUCGCCACAGAGACAUCCACAUUUGGCUCCAUCAGCGAUACCUGUCCAGACUGGUGUACCGAGCGCCCUUACAACUCCUAGACCGCCUGGCGAUCCGGGUGUGCAACCUUCCACAACCUACCCUGCGAUGCGACCUACUGGUCAAAACCCACCCUUCUCAUACGUUUCCGCGCCUGGAUCAGGUCUGGGCCAUCCUCUCCCAUCUGGUCUUAUGAAUCAGCCUAAAGUCUUGCCAUCGGGCCAGAUUCCUUUGAACGCACAGCUUGCACAACAACAAAAUAUGCCCGGCUAUGGUGGUCCUCGUUUUCUCCCAACACAAUCAACACAAAUGCCUCCGGGAACCCAACCACCACCAAGGACGAGUGCACUCCCCCCACUAUUUCCUCCUCAUGCCGCGCUUCCGGAUCGACAUGCGUACCCGAUGACUGUCCCCCCUUCAGCGGUAUCUACUAGCAUCAGACCAUAUCCAGGCUCCAUACAACCUUCGGGCCAUCCAGCAUAUUUUUCCCAACCAUCUUCUGCUGGACUCGUAAAUGUUCCACCGGUUCCCAGACAAGAAUUGGCCCCUGUAUAUCCUCCACAACCUCCAGUCCCCGUAACUGUUGCACAAAAUCCUCCGCGGCCUCCAUUGGCAUCUGGUAUUCCGGGUCUGCUUCCAGGAACUCAACCCUACGGACGACCUCCCAUCCAGGCCCCUCAGCCGCUUUCAUCCUGGCAACCAGGUCCUACUUCCGUUUCGCAACCACAGAACACACAUCAUAGUUUUCCAGGACAGACACAACGCCUACCUAUGCCGCCGCAGCAAUCAUCGGCACCGUCCACCUUUGUUCCACGGGGAUCCAUCCCUUCACAGACUGCUUAUGAUGCUCCAGUCUCCACUCCAUCUGAUAUUCCGACUUUACAACGCCACCAACCAGAAACCAGUUCGAACAACAACCGUUCUGCCAACCAGUCAGUUGCACCAGUUUCUCCUCCACAAACUUCAUCACCUGAACAUCAGUCCGCUCCACUCCAACCGCGUGUGCUAACAAAGGAGGAUUUUGAUGCGCAGCGUCGUGAGGCACGCUUGCGAGCUACAUAUGCCUCUCAGACUUCGUUGAAUGGAGAUAUUGCUGAAUCUUCUGCAUCUAAGAAUGAACGCACUUACAAAGACCAAGGAGCACCUGCAACUGUAUCUACGUUAGCUUCAGCAUCUGCGUCCAAGGCUGAUGCAGGUGGCACAUCAACCAUGAGUAAGAUGCUGACUGAAAAAUCUCUCAGUGGUCGGCAGCCGCAACCGCCUGCUGAGCCACUGUCUGAUCCGCUAGUUCUGAAUCGCUUCAUUGCAGUAACAGAAAACCUACUCACCUUGCUUGAUAACCUCAAUGAACCCGCGCGUGAGUUUUCUUCCGUUACCUCUAUUUCAAAAACGGUCCCCACUAAACUAGACGAGUCAUGGAGCAAGGUGCUCAACGUGGCAUCUGACUACGCUGGCUCAUCCCUGUUCAAAGGUAAAAAGCCAACACAAGCCGCUGCCCUCUGUUGUCCAAUGAAGAACCGACAUCAAGAAUUCGUUCCAUUCGACGUGAACCGUGUUGUACUGGAAUCCAGUAAAAAUGAUUACAUCAACGCCAGUCAUAUAGAUUUUCUCGGUUCUCUGGGCGAAUGGUGUCCAAGGUAUAUUAUUGCUCAGGCCCCAAUGACCAAAACAAUAUCGGAUUUUUGGCAAAUGAUUAUGUCGCAAGGUUGUGAAGUUGCGGUUUUGCUCUCUCCACCAAAAUUACCCAGACCAGACAGCCCGUUCUCCGAACUCACCUAUUCUGCAACGCAAGGGGAAGGGUCAUUUGGAGACCCAUCGGAUCCUCUUCAUAUUCCUCCGCAUCUGCCGACCAAUAAGGUUGGCUCUCGAUUUCAAGUCCCUAAUACUAGUCUCGAAAUACGUCUCCAAGCCAUUAAAGAUCCUGGUCGUGAUUCUUCCAGCUGCAAAUCAAACGGCAGCGUGGCUACUUGUGAAACAACCAAACCUGGCUCUUGGACCGAACGUGUCUUGACAAUCCAAAAUCGUGAAACGCAGCAGACCCGAAGUUUGGUUCAUCUGUCCUACGCAGGUCCAAUAUCCCAAUCAACCCUCACAAAUCCGGAUGGCACAUCCGACGCCAGCGUAGAGCAGUUCUGUGCAUUUGUGAAUCACGUCCAUAGCUACUAUAAACAGCAACGCAAUUUGUUACGUCCGAUCGCGGUGGUCUGUGAAUACGGUGCCGGACUCAGUGGUGUAUUUGUGACCGCCUCCGUUGGGUUGCUACAUGCGGAAAUGCUUGGACGCGUGGCUGAUGUAUGUGACAUUGCUGGUCGGUUGUGUCAGCAGCGUCGUGGUGCCCUGAAUCAUCCAUCACAGUUGGUGACCGCGGCUCGUAUAAUUGCUCAUGCGGCGGUGGAAACCGUUGCGAGGCGUGAUGUUGUCGUUGGACCGCGGCGACGUGCAUCCCCAUCUGUUGUCCCAUCUGCUUCCGGUACCCAGUUGAAGAAUACGGAGCGGCGAUCAUCGAAUCCGGUGGAUUCACUCUUUUCCAAUCAAACCAUCGGAGUUAAUGAGCUCAUGUCUGUCGUUGGCAAAUGGUCUGUCGGCAAAGACGUUGUUCUUCCACUCUCUGAACACUCAAGCAACCUUGUUCCGGAUUCUAGUGAUCAACUCCUCCCGAGUGUGCUAAAAGAAAUGGGUUAUGCUAGACCAACAACUGAUCAACUACCGGGAGAUACUUCUACCACCGACAACGCAACUGGAAUCGUAGCCGUACCAGAUUCGCACUCAUCUACCACCGACAUUCUUGAAUUAAAGACCAGUACAAACCAACCGCUGGUUGAUUUAGAUGCGCUGACAGCUCCUGUCUCUCGCGCUAAACGAUACACUCGCCAUGAUUUUCAGAACGCCUCGUCAAUGCAGACCGCUUCUCAACUUGAUGACAUAUUCGCCUCAUUAGAUCCCAUACUGCAAAGCAAAGCCACCACUGACCUGAACGACACUAAUACUACUUGAGUUUCACAGUGCCACGCACAAGUCCCUCAUUUCCGAUUGUUGACAUUCCUGUACUCUCAAUUUCCCUAUUCAACCGCACUCACCAGGUUCGCAUUCAAUCCGCAACAUUUGAUUUUCUGGGUCAUUUGAGUCUUUCAUGUGCGCCUUUUAUGAUUUUCAUGUUUAUUAAGGCACCGGGAGUCGAAACUCGGUGUUGCUCUGUCUCUUUCUUUUGCCCGUGUAGCAAACGCAGUUGUUUUGUGGUCUUCAAAACAAAACGGCUUCGUGGUACUUGUGCUUUUUGGAGACUGUUGGUUUUACAAGUAGACCCUGUC